CCACGCCCGGCGGGCCCCAGCCCCAAGCCGGCCGCUUCCCACCCUGCACAGCAUGAGUUACUUCCUGUCUUACUGCAAAGCUCAUGGCAGCGCGCUGCUCACUGGCUACCAGGCCCUGCGCGCCGAGGGCUUCCUGUGCGACGUGACUUUGGAGGCCCAGGGCAGCGAGUUCCCGGUGCACAGGUCCCUCCUCGCGUGUUCCAGCGACUACUUCAGGGCCCUGUUCAAGAGCCACACCCUGGAAUCCCGGGCACGCGUGAUUCACCUGCACGUGCCGUCGGCCACCGGCCUGCAGCGCCUGCUGGACUUCAUCUACACCGCCUGGCUGCCGCUCUCCAUGGACACCGUGGAGGACACGCUGGAGGCCGCCAGCUACCUGCAGGUCACCGAGGCCCUGGGACUGUGUGGCCGCUACUUGGAGCGCCUGCUGGCUCCGGAGAACUGCUGCUUCGCUCAAUGUGGCGCGCGCGUCCCCUUCUGCCUGGUCCCCGUGGCCGUGCUUCGGCCCGUAUACUCGGGCUCCGGCCUCGUGCUGCCCGCUCGAGUCAAAGGCCUCAUCAUCCAGGCCCUCAACUACCAUACAGCGCCCUCCCGCCAGCCACUCUUGCAGGGCGAGCAGACCAGCGUCCGGAGCCCGCAAACCCGCAUCUUAUUGGUCGGGGGGCGCAGGGCGCGGGAGGCGGUGACUGAAGAGGUCAUGGUCCCCCAAGGGGCAGCCAGGGGUAGGGGUGCGGCAGCGGAGCCGGAGGAGGAGGAGGAGGAGGAAGGAGAGCAGGUGGAGGACGGAGAGGAGGAGGACGAGGACUGGGAGCUCACCCAGGACGUGGUGGCCUUCGAUGUGUACAACCACAGCUGGCGCAGCCUCACGCAGCUCCCGGCACCGCUCCUGGGGCACAGCGUGUGCGCCGUUGGGAACUUCCUGUUUGUCCUGGGCGGGGAGAGCCCUUCCGGCGGAAUGUACUCCCUGGGGCCCGGGGCCCGGGCCUGGAGCAAGAGGGCGCCUAUGGGCACGGCCCGCUUUGGGCAUCACAUGGCCGCACUUCGUGGCGCGGUCUUUGCCUUUCUGGGGCACUACGAGCCCUUCUCUGAGAUUGAGCGCUAUGACCCGGGCACGGACCAGUGGACCCGGCUGCGGCCACUUCCCUACGACCGCUUCUGCUAUGGGCUGGCGGUGGUGGAGGAGACGGCCUUGCUGCUGGGCGGCGUCAAGUGGCGGGACUCGCGCCAGGUGCCAACCCGCAACGUGGUGGGCUAUGACCUUGACCUAGACCGCUGGGAGGACAUCGACUGCGCGCUGCCUUGGGCCUGGAGCGGCCUGCAGUGCGCGGUGCUGCAGCUGCCGGAGGGUGCUGACGAGGAGAGGGAGGGCGAGACUGGAGAGAAUGGAGAGGCUCCAGAUGUUCUGUUGGGCUUAACGGGUUAGUGCAGUCUCAGAUCCAAGGAAGAGAAAGUUGUGUCUGAGCAGGUUUACAGAGCAACGAGUGGGCUUUUCCUAAGAAUGGGACUCUGGGAACUGAGUGGCUUCUGAAGGUUAAGGGGGCAAAUAAGUGUUUGGCCAAAGAGGAACAUUUCCCUUUAAGCUGAGAAACGGAGACAGGAGGGGUCAAAAUGAAGGACAUGCGAACCAGCUUCAGUGAGCUAGUGAUUUCUAGAAAUUCUCAUAAUGCUGGGCCAGGGAUGGGCUUUCGAAAA